GAGACGUUUCACUUCGAAAAGUUCUUGGAAGCUGUCUUUCCCGGCGGUGAUUGACGUUGGAACAAAUCCUCCAAUCAGCUGAGUCGGUCGCAGUAACCGAGAGGCUCCCGCCAAUUCCGACCGUGUUUAUGUUAGGUUACUCUCGGUGUGUAGGAAGGCUCUGAUGAUAGUGAUGCUGUCGGCGGAAGACCCGUCCGCGGAAGGGCCUUUAGCGUCCACCCCGAAGGUCCGAGGUUCUGAAUACAAGUCCAGCACUGCUGUCAAGAAACUUGUUCAAGCGCGCCUUCCUUUCAAGCGCCUCAAUCCAGCCCCUAAAGACAAUGGACAGACUAAAAGGGUCCGGAGUACUCUGGAACCCCCCAGCCUCGAAGCUGAGGCUUCAGAUGGGGAGAAUGACUUGGAGUGUUCCCCCCUGUCUCUGCCUCAAGAAAAAGCCCUUGUGAAUGGCCGAGGACCCUUGGAUGGCUUUAUGAGUCGCAGGAGCUGCCCCUUGGGUAAAUCCGUGACUAUCGACCUCACCGAGGACUCCAACUCCACAGAAUCUGCCCUUCUAAAUCCUACAGUGACCCUGGCAGCUGCUCUUUCUACCCAAGAAAGUCAACCAAGACAGAAUGUGGAAGCUAAAGAGGCCUCCACUGCCAAGGGUGGAACUGAGAGCCUUGAGAAUGUAACACCAUUCCCUCAGCCAUCCUCGCCACAGGAGCAGCUUCCCUGUGGCUUUGAGACUGAAGAGGAUCAGGUGGGCAUAGAGUCUUCAUGGAAAAGAAGCGAGUCUGUCACGUCACCAAUAUCUAUCAGCUCUCUGUCAGCGGUAGAGAGCUCACCUGAGAUAACUAAAGGCAUGUCCACCUCACCUUCAGCAGAUCUGAAGACAAAUGCCAACACAGCAGAGAAGAAACUGAAAAGACGCUCUCUAAAGAUCUCUGAGGAAGAGCGCAGACAGAAGCAGGAGGAGCAAUUGGAGCGAAAUCGACAGCGCCAAGAGGCAAAGGCUGCUAAAGAGAGGAAAAGGGAGGAAGCACGCAAAUUGAAGGAGGAGCGUGAAAGAGAGAAAAAAGAAAAGAAGGAAAGGGAGGAGAGAGAGAAAAGAGAGAGAAAAGAGAGAGAAGAGAAGGAAAAGGCAGAGAAACAGAGGGUAAAGGAGGAACAACGCAAAGUGAAGCAGGAAGCAAAGCUUGAAGAGAAGAGGAAAAAGGAAGAAGAAAAACGGUUAAAAGAAGAAAAGGAUCGGAUUAAAGCGGAGAAAGCAGAGAUUACACGAUUUCUACAGAAACCCAAAACUCUGCAAGCACCAAAGACUCUUGCAGCUGCCUGUGGGAAGUUUGCUCCCUUUGAGAUCAAGGAAAACAUGUUCAUGGCUCCAUCGUGCCGUGUUGUGUGUGAGGAGGAAGCUCUUGAAGCGCUGGACAGGUACCUGGCCCAGCCUGACAGUAAUCUGAAUGGCCUGAGAGACUGGAGGAGUCGCAAGCCCCGUAGAUCAGGCCCAACAUGCCACUGGCACUCUCAACCUAUCAGGGAUUGUGUUGUGUUGGUGGAUGGCCCAAAGCCUGAUGGUGUGCCAGAUCGCCAGUGCUAUGGUCGCAUGAAGCUCCUGCAGUUCCAUGAAAAUUACAGACCUGCCUACUGGGGCACAUGGAGAAAAAAGAGCAAACUUAUCUCUCCACGCUAUCCUCUGAGACAGGACAAAGAUCUGUUGGACUAUGAGGUGGACAGUGAUGAAGAGUGGGAGGAAGAGGAGCCUGGAGAGUCACUGUCUCAUAGUGAAGGGGAUGAUGAUGAGGAAGGAGGUGAAGAAGAUGAUGAGGAUGAUGGAUUUUUUGUGCCACAUGGUUACCUGUCGGAUGGAGAGGGCGCAUUAGAGGAGGAGGAGAGUGGUGAUUUAGAGAAGCAGAAGGUGUUACAGAGAUUGAAAGCGAGGGAGUGGGAUGAACUCAUGUCCAAGAAAAAGUUCAAGGUGCUGGAGUCAGUAGUGAAGGGCUGCGUGUGGAGAAGUACGGGAUGUGAUGCAGAGGCCCUUCUUCCGUAUGCUGUCUGCAUGCUGGAGCCUUUGCCUGGGGAGGAGCCAGUCACUCCAGAGGGCCCAUCCAAAGAACACCAGGAUGAUCAGAUGGUGAGUCAGCUCUUGCCGCUUCUUCACGGCAACGUGAACAGCAGUAAGGUCAUCAUCACAGAGUUCCAAGAGUUUUGCCGCCAACAAUCUGCUUCACCAACCAAUAGUUCACCGAACUGGGCAGAUAAUGUCCCAACGAGGAUCCGUCUGAAACGACUCAUCAAAGAGAAUGCCGUGUACGAGAAGCGCACGACCUACCGCCGCUGUUGUUGGUAUGUGCAUGCAGAAGUGCUUGCACGCUUCGGUAUGGAGUCGCUGCCUGUGCCCAGCCAGUGGAAUUCUAUCACAACGGGGGCAAACAACAGUCGCGAAGAAGGCCCUGGAGCACAGGGAGUAUCACCUACAACUCCCCAGUCCUCUGUCACUAUACCCUGCUCAAGUAAGAAGAAGAGUGCGGGCAGCAUGUCCAUCACCAAGUUCAUGAAGAAGUUUGGAGAGGCAGAGCAGGUGGAUGCCAUGGAAACAGAUGGAUUCCAAGCAGACACAGAAGAUGAUGAGGAUGAUGCAGAUUGCAUCAUCAUCGACCCAGAGUCUGGAUCAAAAAGUGAAGAAACUUCCCUUUCCUCAAGUACAGUGCAGAAUGAAAACCCUGAACAUGUGGAAGUGCCAGGCACAGACCCAGCUGCUCUCGUCUUAUCCUGCUACGCUCCCACCCCUGCAACAGCAUGAGACUCUGCUCUAACAUCCAGGUGUGCAUUUCUGUAACAGUCAGGACCAGUCACAGGUGGCAAAAUGAGGGGCACAAAUGCCAUCCACUCAGUAUUACUGACCUAGUAUAAACUGUUCACACCAAACUACAAGCCUCUGCAAAAAAGGACUAUAAUGUAUCAGCAAUGAGGCACAAAUGUCCUGCCUACAGUACCAAGUUAAACAAUGGUAUGUAAUAUCAAAGACUUCUGAUUGAAAGGGAAGGCUUGAUAAUACAGUCAGUUCCCCACAAUGCUGCUCUGAGGAGCCUGAUGCCUUUAUGUGAGGGACAGCAUUCAUUCAGUGGGAUGGGCUUAGUGUACCAUCUCAGCGGGAAUGUUAUGAACAUCUGUACAACCUUGCCUGGAGGAAUGGCUGGCUGUUGACAUGCAGACUCAGCCUUUUUAUAUAAAUAUAAAUAUAUAUAUAUAUAAUUUUUAUGUUUUUGUACACAGAUGUGCUCCCAAAAUACUUGAACUGGUUUGCUUCAUUGAAAAAGUAAAUGAAUCGCACUUUUUAUGUCUCCAUUGGUUUGUGCCAUUUCAGGCCUUUUGCAAUCACUAAAUGAACCCUGUUUUGUUUUAUACUGGGGAAACUGUUCAUGAAUGGGUGUGCAAAAUGUUAGAUGCCAUUUGUUUUCCAAGCUGCUAAAUAUAGUGCUUGUACUGCUUCAUGGUCCUGUCCUUGCAAAGAUCUGAAGAUGGAAAUGUAAAUGCCUAUCCCUAAGAACUGUUCCUCUGUAAUCAGUGGCAGAACUUGUCAGGUUUAAAGUGUCUUAGCGAAGUCUUUAAAUAAAGCAUUAUUAAAAUUUUCUCAUGUGCAAAAUUAUUUUUUCCAGUGGUGUGUGUCUGACAUGCUUACAUAAUUUUGAGUUAAAUAAAUCAGCUGUGUCUUUAAAUGGUAUAACUUGAACAGUAUUGCAGUUCUUUUGUUUUAAAUACCAACAUGUCCUGGUGAUGAUGGCUCCCCUUAAUGCAGUUCAAAAACUGUGCAUUCUUUAUUCUUACAGCUUGUUAAAUGGCAAGAACAUUACAAGCCAAAGAUAACACAAUUACUUAGACUUCACAAUGCAUUUGACAAGUUAAUCCAAAACUAGCAUACAUACCUCAGGCAUGUGUAUUUUUACAAAAAGAAUGCUGCCAAAAUAAAACUAUUUUAUGUAGAGUGCAUGGUAAACUGGUAUGGAUGAAGGGAUAAAUACUUUUUAUAAUAAAUCUUUGCCUUCUUACAUUGUUAAAUACAGUAAUCAGCAAUUGUAGCUAAGGAAUUGAAGGAUAGAUGAAACAAUUCAGAAAUAUCAAUACCACUGCUUGCUAUAUUGGAAAUGCUGAUGAAUCUGUAGCUUGUUGCUACUUUGACUUCCCAAGUGCAGUUACUAUCAGUAAAAACCAGUGUGUACAGUAGAAUUAUGAUUUUGGAAAACUUGCUUAUUCUCUCCAUCCUAGUUUUCUUAAGUACUCUGGUUAUUUUUCACAGAUUUCUUUUCAACAAAACAUUAGUUCCCUUCAAAACUA